UUAUUCGGGCUUCUCUAGAGUUUUCUCUGUUUUUAAGCAAAACAAAAUGUCAGCCUCCAGUGAAUGACGUUCCAGAUAUCAAAACAUCGAAAUACUGAUACAAAUCGUUUAGAUACACAUAUAAAUGGACCCUGGAGAAGAGGAGGAUGAUUUUGGAGACUUUGGUGGAUUUGAAGUGGCUGAGCCUGUCCCUCCUAAUGUAACUCAGGAACAGGCAUCAGGUUUAGAGGCCAGUCCUUCCCCAUGGGCAGUGUUUGCUGCAGGAAGCAGUCCUGGUAGUAAUGUGAAACCAGAUCUUUUGUGUGGUCAGAACCGAUUUCCUCCUGUUCUUGACCCUUCUGUCCCAAGCUCAUCAGCAGAUAUAAUACCCAAUGAUGAUACCAACAAUUCCAAUGGAGGAAGUUCUAUAACAACAGACCGUUAUGAUGGUACAUCUGGAGACCAAAAUGGGAAUUUAGAGGAUGCAAUCCUAGCCAACGAUAUUUUAGAUGGGAGUUUUAAAUCAACUUCUAGCCAACAUUCUAGUUCUGGAGCUACAGCUGCAGACCUGAUCAGAACAGUUAAUUCAGAAACAACUAACAGGAUUCAGACUUCUAAAAAUGACAGUCAGACAGUAGAUUUGGUUGGUGACUUACUAGGGGCGUCAGCAGGGAUAGUUCUAGUUGAGGAUGAACAUUUAGAAAAUAAUUACCUAGACCUAGGAGAGUCAAAUGGUCCAUUGGUCCAGAAUAGGAAAUCUUCUGAUAGACCAACUCCUCUCCACAUAUCUGUCAGUGAGAGUAACGGACAAUGUAAGACUAUUGAUGGAACCAAUCCACUUCCACAAUUACAAGCAUCCCCUAGUGGAUCCUCUCAAUCCUCAGAGAGUCAUCAUAUGAAUGGCCCUAUUCUAAUUGAUAGUCUACGCAAGGCCUUACAUCCCAAAGCAACUGUUGAUGUGACAAAGCUUAGUCAUAAACAGGCUGAAAAUGGGACCAUCUCAAAGACGAAACCUACACAAGUGCAGGUGGAUCCACUUAUUUGUGAAGAAAUCCGUCACGCCAGACUUGAAAGUCAGGCUGCCAUAGCAACAGUUGUGGAACAGUAUAAAGAAUUGUCAAAGCAAUGUAUUUCACAACAAGAGGAGGUGCUAAGAGAAUGUAAACAAUUACUUAAGCAAGAGCAGGAGAUUCAAACUCAGACAUUACGUCAGCAACAAAAAGAAGAGUUUUCAAAAGCUGUGGAAGAACAGAAAUUAAGAUUAAAAAAGGAAUCAUCUGAAAUGAUACAAGAGCUGGUGGCUGAACAAAAGAAAGAAUUUGAUUUCCAAAUGGAAAAGGAAAAAGAAAAGUAUGAAAAGAGAUUACAAGAAGGUUUAGAGGAAGAAAAAGAAAGAUGUAGGAAAGAAUUAGAGGAAACAUUAGAAAAUGAGAAAACUCAAAUGAACAAGAAAUUGGAAGAAGAAAAGGAGAAAUUAAAAGAGGACUUACAAGAGGAAAGGCAGAAAUACUUGCUAGAAAUGAAAACUGCUUUAUUGGAUGAAAAAGAAAAAAAUAAGGAAUCAAUAGGGGAGUUACUGGACCAAGAGAAGAACCAUUGUAGAGAAUGUGUAAAGGCUGCUGUGGAGUCGGUCAAGAGAGACUUUCAAAGUUAUAUUGAGCAGCAAAAACAGAAGGACAAGGUUGUGAGGCACAGACAGUUAUCCAGUUUAGAUGUGUUCUUAGAGACAGCAAAACAACAGUUAACUAUGAUAAUGGAAGACAAUCAAAAUGAUACAAAACUACAGGAAGAAAAAAAAGAUGAGACAUGAUAAGCUGGAGUAGAACAAAAAAAAUUCUCCACUUCAAAAUUUGCAAUCUCAAUAUUAUUUAUUAUGUAACCUGGUUAUUUUAUUGAUUUAUUGUUCAUUAGUGCUCUAGUAUAUGUAUAUAACUCCAUGCAGCCAAGUACUAGAAACAGCGGUCUAUUUAUUAUAAAUUUGAUGUCUGCUCAUCCAAUUAUUUCUGUCAAGUGUUUUCAUACAAAAAUAGUUAUGUAAAGAUGUUUGCUCCACUAGAUCUUGUUUUUCAAUUUUGCCAGAUUUUCAAUCCUCUGGUUUUAUCCAAGUAUUGCCUAUACAAGAUUUUGCACGCUUAAUCAUACUUAGUUUUUCAUAAUUUUAUUACAUAUAGUUUAAAAAGCCAUAUUUGAAAAUCUUAUUAAAUCCUUGAUAUUUUUUCAUAGCUUUUAUAACAAAAAAGUGGCCAUUGAUAAUAGUACAAAAAAAAUCUAGAGAGAUUAAUUUCCUGUCAAAUUUUCACUGGGUUUUUAUCUUGAAAACAAGCACAGAGUAAAACUUACAGAUUGCACACUAUGUCUCUCAAAAGGGUUUCAUGCCCCGCCCCUUUCAUAUGAUUUUUAUGUUUUUAACCUAUUAUGGUAACAUAUACAUGAUAUACACUGCCUUAUACUUUAUAGAGAUUUAAGAUUACAGAGAAUGUGUAUAUAAACUUUUUAUAUUGUUUUCACUGCCUGUAUUAAGAAGAUUUCAUUAAGAAGGAAAAUAAUGCAUAAUGUUGUCUUUUAAUAUAUUUGGGAUAUAGAUAUUGGUAUGUAUUUUUAAAAUAUUUGUUAUUUUUAAUAUUCAGUAUGUUGUAAAAAAAAAUAUUGAAAAUUUGUGGUUUAAGAAAUACUGUUGAUUAAUUAUUCUAAUACUAUAUAAGAAAAUACUCAUGUGCAUUUCCUCCAUGCACUUGACAUAUAUUCUGAUUAUAACAAAUAAGUAACUUUUGCCAUUAUAUUCACUACUACAUAAUAAUUGAGAUAUCACCAUUUUGUUUUAAUGUUUUCUGAUAUCCAUUAAUGGUUUUCUGAUUGAAAAUAAAUAGAAACUGGCUCUGAAGAUGCAUUGAAAAUAAACUCAGUUUGCUACACAUAAUAUAAAAUUAAUGCAGAAACUCAAUAGGAUACAAUACAAUUAUAUUUAAAAUAGGAGAAUAAUAGCCGAUUGAAAAAUGUGAUUAAAGAUAAAAGAAAGACCAUAAAAUCAGUUUCCUUACAAAUAACACCAACCUUUCAUUUGAAUAUAGUACAAAUGAUUCCCACAAACAAUACGUUCUACAUAACUGUAUUAUUUUCUCUUCUAUUUUUUUAACAUUAGCAACCUUAUUAUAAUGAAUUGAUGUUAGAAAAUGUAAAAAUACGAUUCUUUUUCUUUGCACUAUUUCAUGUAUUUUGAAAGUUUGAAUUUCAAGUGAAGCAGUGUUUGUUGCACGAAUAUACAAUUUUCAAUUUGAUUUCACCAAUUAUGAUUUAGCUGCCAAUUAAGUGGUAUUAAUUGAACAUUUGCAAAGGCAUGUUGGGGUGAAUGUUAAAGACUCCAUGAGUUGUAGAUAGAAUGUAUGGUGUCUGAUGUUACAUGUAAAGUAUUGCCUGUUAUGGUUGUGUCAUCUAUUGGGUUGUAUGUUAAUAUAUGUUUUAUCAUUCCAAUCAUUGUUUCAUAGUUUGAAAUCUUUCAAUUAUUACAUAUUUUAAGCAUAGCUUAAAAACAAAUGGCUUUGAUUUAUAGAAUGAAGAAUUUAUAUUUAUUUGGAAACUGGUAUGACUUGUUCAUGGAAAAUCUUAAAGAUUCAUCAGUAUUUCUGAGUACAUGUACUAUGACAUCUAUGAUAAAAUAAUUUUUUUAUAAUGACUACAAGUAGAUAUGGAGUAUAGAUUAUUGAGAUAGCAGAACAAUAACAAAACACAUACGAAAACACCACAAACACUCUUCUUGGAUAAAACAAUAGACAUGUGUCCUUCCAUUUUUCCAAAGUCUAAAUCGUCAUAAGUCUACAAAAUGUGUGUACACUUAAAGCAGAAACAGCUAGUAGAGAAUUACCACCAAUUACAAUUUCUCCAGAUAUUAAAAAAAAUAUUAGAAUAUGACAUAUAAUUGUUACUGAAAAGUAUGUGAUCCUUGCUGGAUACAUAUGGUUGAUGACAUUAAACACCAUUGCAUUUACCAAAAUUAAAUAAAAAAGAGUAAGAAAGUGCAUGAGAGAAAUGCUAAUACUACCCUGCUGGAAUCCGUAGGGACUUUAUUUGGUUACUGUAAAAUCAGAAAUUGUUGCGUGCAUUUAUUAUUGCGAUGUUAUCAUUUAAGAGAUAAAUGUGAUCUUUAUUUUUACGAAUUUCAGAAAAAAUCCUGUUAAAUUCAUACUAUUUAUUUGAAAAUGCGAGUUAAUUAUUGCGUUUACUACUCUGACGAAUUUUACGCAAUAAUAAAAACAUCGCAAUAAUUUCUGAAUUUACAGUAUACAAUCUUCAUACAAGGCAUACUAUAUUGUAAAUGCUACAAGCUCUUCCAUUCUAUAUUAUUAUGAUAUAUGUAUUAUCAUCUACAUGUUUCUUUUACAAAGAUCUACUGUUCAAAUCAAAGAAAGAAUACAUUCUGUAGGAAAAGAUACCUAUAUUUAUACAAACAAGAUUGGUUAAUGAUUAUUUAGUUUUGUAUUAUUUUUAAAGUUUUUUGAGUAUUGUUCUUUGAUGAGUUCAGUAAUAAAAUAUUCAGUGUUCAUGACA